AUGGGAACCUCAGAUGAGGCGAGGCACUUGCCUCUACUCAUCUAUGCACUAGUGUUCUGCAUAAUUUCUACCAUCGUUGCUGCUGAUGAUGAUCCUUACUAUGGAGGCCAACCAUACUACAGAUAUCCACCCUAUAAUGGAAAUUAUCCUCCUAACUAUUACAAACCACCUCCUUAUGAAACCAACUACCCUCCAUAUUACUAUAAACCUCCACCUCCAUAUGAAUACAAAUACCCUCCCUAUGAAUACAAAUCUCCUCCACCACCACCUUAUUAUAAGCACAAAUACCCUCCAUACCACAAAGAUGGUGAUGAUGAAUACAAAUACCCUCCAUAUUACUACAAAUCUCCACCACCUCCCUAUGUCUACAAAUCACCUCCACCACCACCUUAUGUUUACAAGCCUCCCUAUGUCUACAAGUCACCUCCACCACCACCUUAUGUUUACAAGUCACCACCAUAUGAAUACAAACCACCUCCAUAUGAAUACAAAUCUCCUCCAUAUGAAUACAAGCCACCUCCAUAUGAAUACAAAUCUCCUCCAUAUGAAUACAAGUCACCAUCACCACCUCCUCCAUAUAAAUAG